AUGAGGAAAUAUUAUUUUUUCUGCUUAUGCAAAGCCCCUCUCGAUAUAACUGAUUUUGAAAAGUCUACAGGCAUAGUUAAUUUCAAUUUAAUAAAAAAGUUCUAUGGAAAUAUUUACUUUAAUGAUUAAUCUUCAAAUUUUAUUAUAUACUAAGUUUUUAAAAAUGAAUUAAGUAAACAAGUUGAGGAUUAUUAUGGUUAAGAUUAGAAUUCACUAAAUUAAUGUGAAAAUUAUAGUAAAAAUUGGCAUUAUGAUGAGAAUUACGAGGAUUUGAAUAGUGGAUAUUUUUAUGGUAAGAGAUGUGGGUAUGGUUGUGAGGUUACAAUUGAAAUUUCACAAAAAUAAUAUUAUUUAUAUAUAGGGGAAUUCUUUAAUAAUAAAUAUCAUGGUAAAGGAACUUUGAAGUAACUUCCUAUGGAGAAUGAUGUUAAUGAUCAAAUAAUUUAAACUGAUUCAUUUUUUGCAGGAGAAAAAGAAAAAGAAAUAUUUUAUUUUUUACAACCUCAUAAUCCGAAACCAAAUGCACCUAAAGUAAUAAAAGAAUAUCAAAACUUUGGAAAAGGCAAUUAUCAUGGAGAAGUGAACGCCUAGAAUUAAAAACAUGGAUGGGGUGUAUUUGAAUUCGAUAAUAGAAAUAAAUACAAAGGAUAAUGGAAAGACGAUAAAAUGCAUGGAACUGGACAUUUUACUUGGGCAAAUGGAGAAGAAUACUUAGGUGAAUACUACAAUGAUAAGAAACAUGGAUUUGGUCGAUAUAUAUAUUAAAAUAAAAAAGAAUAUCUCGGAUAGUUUUAUGAAGGUAGAUAACAUGGGAUGGCAUUAAUGAAAAAUAGCGAUAGUUUUAAUUUAUAAACUUAUUGGAAUAAUGGAUAAUAUUUGAUAUGA